GGUGUGCUUGCAACUAUAUUAGCAUCAAGCUCUUGUGCCGAUACAUGGGAAUGGCUGAGAAGAAGAAGACACGACAUGACUCUUCCUCUUUAACGGCUGAUGAGUCCUUUGAGCAGCCAAACAGCUCCUGCAGUGAGCCGUCGGUCAGCGUACCAAAGACAACUGCAUCUAGGCCUACAGCUCCCAGUUGUGUCUCAAUGAAGAGUAAUAGAUCCAUGUCCCAACCGCUCAGUUUUGGUCUUCAAGAGGCACAAAGACAGCAGAGUGGGGAACCGUCCAGCAGUUCAGUGUCCAUGGAGGAUCCAGUCUAUUUCACUAGACACCAGAGAUAUCCUGAGGAAGACAUGAUUCUUACAGGGAGCGGCCUCAUUUUGAAAGGAAAGAAGAAUCUCAAAGAAGAAAUGCAAAAGCAAUUUACUUCGACGUACCAAGCUCAUGGUGAGCAGCAGAGUUCUCUAAACAGCAUCUACACAUCACUCUACAUCACCACCAGAGAGAGUGGAGCUCCACAUGAAGAACAUGCGUUCAGACACAUUAAACAUAAUUUGGAACUACAAUCUUCUAAACAUAUUAACCUCAGUGACAUCUUCAAACCUCUGCCUGGCCAAGAGAAACCCCCCAGAACAGUCCUGACGAAGGGCGUUGCAGGCAUUGGAAAAUCAUUCGCAGUGCAGAAAUUUAUUCUUGACUGGGCCGAGGAGAAAGAGAACCGGGACAUUGAUUUUGUUUUCAAUCUCGCUUUCCGAGAGCUGAAUUUGAGUUCAGGUAACAAAAGCUUGCACCAACUCCUGACUGAAUUUCACCCUGCGCUCCACGAUUUGAAAGAUUCAGAGGAUUUCAUCAGAGCCAGAGUCCUGGUGAUCCUGGACGGCCUGGAUGAAAGCAGACUUCAGCUGGACUUUGAGAACAAGCCGGUAACAUCUGUCAGUGAAGUAACAUCUGUGGGAAAUCUCCUUGCAAACCUCAUCCAGGGAAACCUUCUUCCUGAAGCUAACCUCUGGAUAACAUCCCGUCCAGCAGCAGCCAAUCAGAUCCCUGCAGAGUUUGUGGACAAGGUAAUGGAGAUAAGAGGGUUCAGUGACCCACAGAAAGAGGAGUACUUCAGGAGGAGGUUUCAUCAGGACUUGGGUCUUGCUGACAGGAUCAUUUCACACAUUCGCUCUUCACAGAGUCUGGACCUCAUGUGCCAGAUCCCGAUCUUCUGCUGGAUUUCUGCCGUAUUAUUUCAGGAGAGCUUUGGGGGAGACGAGACAGCUGAAGUUCCUCAAACUCUAACAGAGAUGAUGGCACAUUUCCUGUUUGUGCAGACGAAACGCAGAAGCAGAAAAUAUGAAAAGAUGACUGAGAGAAACAAAGAGACACUUCUGAAAACUCACAAGGAAUUUCUUCUGAAACUCGGCAAGCUCGCAUUUGUUCAUCUGCAGAAGAACAACCUCAUCUUCUAUGAUGAAGACCUAGAAGAAUGUGGGAUUGACAUAAAAGAGGCAGCCAUCUACUCUGGACUUUGUAACACAGUUCUUAGGGAAGAAGACGUCUUUUCUCAGAAAAAGGUCUUCUUCUUUGUGCACCUGACCAUACAGGAGUUCUUUGCAGCUCUUUUUGUCUUUGACUGCUUCACAAAGAAGAAUACAAAAGAGCUCGGCGACUUCCUCGACCUGAAGGACAAAGAACAUACUUUGCUUGAUCUUCUAAAGAUGACAGUUG